UCUUGCAUGCUGGUUUGUAGUUCCCUGGGGUCUGAUUGAAUGAUUCUUCCUACCAGUGUUGCUCAUUUCUUGGAAUCACGUGGAAUGAUAGAGGAAGCAUUAGAAGUUGCUACAGACCCUGACUACAGAUUUGAACUAGCCAUACAGCUGGGUAAAUUAGAUAUUGCAAAGGAGAUUGCCGUAGUGGCACAGAGUGAGUCCAAAUGGAAGCAGUUGGGUGACCUAGCCAUGUCUAGUGGAAGGCUUGAGACGGCAGAGGAGUGUUUGAAGCAUGCAAAUGACUUGAGUGGUUUGUUGCUACUCUAUUCUUCUCUAGGAGAUGCUGAAGGAAUAACUGAACUAGCUUCUUUUGCAAAAGAGCACGGGAAAAACAAUGUUGCAUUCCUUUGCAUGUUCCUGUUGGGUAAAGUGGACGAGUGCAUUCAGCUGUUGGUUGACAGCAAUCGGGUACCUGAGGCUGCAUUUAUGGCAAGAUCUUAUCU